CUCAACUCAACCGACUAUCGGAUCCUGCGCAUGGACGAGGACCACGACCGCAUGUACGUGGGGAGCAAAGAUUACAUUCUCUCUCUGGAUCUGCACGACAUCAACAAGGAGCCGCUGAUUAUCCACUGGCCUGUUGCAGCUCAGAGGAAGACGGAAUGUAUUCUGUCAGGGAAAGACACAAAUGGGGAAUGUGGAAACUUCAUCCGUCUGAUUGAGCCGUGGAACCGGACCCACCUGUAUGUUUGUGGAACAGGCGCAUACAAUCCCAUCUGCACAUAUGUGGACCGAGGACGUAGGUCACAGGGGUUCCAAAACCUUCAGGCUCAGUCAGGAGGGAGAACAAGUCGAGCAGCAGACUACAGCACUACAUCAGAGCCCAUGAGCACAAAGGAAUAUAUUUUCCGUCUUGAGCCUGGCAAAGUGGACUCUGGGAAAGGAAAAUGUCCUUAUGAUCCUAAACUCAACAGUGUCUCUGCUUUGAUUAAUGGAGAGCUGUAUGCAGGAGUCUACGUGGAUUUCAUGGGGACAGAUUCUGCUAUCUUCCGUACUCUGGGGAAGCAGACAGCCAUGAGGACUGAUCAGUACAACUCCAGAUGGUUAAAUGACCCCACUUUUGUGCAUGCACACCUCAUCCCAGACAGUGCUGAGAAAAAUGAUGACAAGCUCUACUUCUUCUUCCGCGAGAAAGCCUCUGAGGUGGGCCAGAGUCCCAUGACGCAAUCCAGGAUAGGGCGGAUCUGCCUGAAUGAUGACGGUGGACACUGCUGUCUGGUCAACAAGUGGAGCACGUUCCUGAAGGCUCGCCUCAUCUGCUCUGUUCCUGGAGCUGACGGCAUUGAGACUCAUUUCGAUGAGCUGAGAGAUGUUUAUAUCCAGCCAACUCAAGACACCAAGAAUCCCGUCAUCUAUGGAGUCUUCUCAGUGUCAGGAUCAGUGUUCAAAGGCUCGGCAGUGUGCGUCUACUCCAUGGCCGACAUCCGGAUGGUCUUCAACGGGCCGUUUGCCCACAAAGAAGGGCCCAACUACCAGUGGGUGGCAUACACAGGGAAAAUCCCUUACCCUCGACCUGGCACAUGUCCUGGAGGCACUUUCACUCCCAACAUGAAAUCCACAAAGGAUUACCCUGAUGAGGUUAUCAACUUCAUGAGAAACCACCCCACCAUGCAGAAUGCUGUAUACCCGGUGCACAAGCGUCCCCUGGUGGUCAGAACCAACGUGGAUUAUGAGUUCACCUCCAUUGCUGUGGACCAAGUGAGAGCAGCUGAUGGGAACUACGAGGUGCUCUUCUUGGGCACAGAUCGCGGGACAGUUCAGAAAGUGAUUGUCCUGCCAAGAGACGACCUGCAAACAGAGGAGCUGGUGCUGGAGGAGGUGGAGGUGUUCAGGGUUCCCACUCCAAUAACCACCAUGAAGAUUUCAUCCAAACGGCAACAACUAUAUGUGGGAUCAGUUGUGGGUGUGACCCACCUGGCUCUCCACCGCUGUGACGUGUAUGGGGAGGCCUGCGCCGACUGCUGUCUGGCCCGGGACCCGUACUGCGCCUGGGACGGCAAAUCCUGCUCCAGAUACUCUGCCUCCCAGAAAAGACGGAGCCGCCGGCAGGAUGUAAAGUAUGGAAACCCAAUUCGCCAGUGCAGAGGUUACAACUCCAACAACAAUAAGAACACUCUGGAGAUGGUUCAGUACGGGGUGGAGGGCAGCACAACCUUCUUGGAGUGUCAGGCUCGAUCUCCUCACGUCUCUCUGAAGUGGCACCUCACGAAAGAAAACAGCGACAGGAAGAAAGAGAUUCGCUCAGAGGGUCGCAUCCUGAAAACAGAUCAAGGUCUCCUGAUCCGUUCUCUGCAGUCCUCAGACAGCGGGUUCUACCAGUGCACAUCCACGGAGAAGAACUUCAAGCACACUCUGGUGAAACUGCAGCUCGUGGUCCUCUCCAGUCGCACGGUGAACAACGUGUUGGUGGAGACGGGCAGCCCGGCCCUCCCGCCUCUCCAGUCCAGCACCUGGACUCCGAGCGUGGGUCAGUACAAAGACCUGCUAACCAUCCUGAGCCAGCCAGAGAUGGGGCUGAUCAACCAGUACUGCAAGGAUUACUGGCAGCACGGGGACGGAAACCUCGGGGACGGCAAAGCCAAGAGCAUAAAGGAACUGAAAGAACAGAAAAAACCUCGCAACCGCCGACAUCACGAUGAUCAGACAAAUUCAGCCGAGACAUGAAGAGCUAAAUACACCUCCUGUUUGUUCAGACACCACCCUCGUCCACCUUUACUGUUCUGUUCUCACAGCCUCCCGGACAAUUCAACCCUCCUGUUAAUGGAACAACAGACUCUGCAGUGGGAAGCAUUUAACA